GUUUCCCCAAACAAAAGUGGGAUUUCCAAUUCGAUAAGAUGCGCGCGCAGCCACAAAAGAAAACUCCCUGUUUAUUGUUCCAACGUCUGCAACAUUCCCACAUGUCUAGUUUCUUCCUCGUCUGCAGGUAUAUAUAAAUGGGUAGGAUUAGUCUCACUCUUCAGACUUUCAACAUCCCCCAGUGCCACAUCUCGUCGUCUUAUAUCACGCUCUAAAACAUUUCGCAAUCUAUCAAAGGUUCAACAGUCUUCAAGUGAACUCAUUUGUGAUCCCGAAUCGUUAUAUUUUUAGUUUAUCAUUCUGUUCGAGUCGAAAAAUGACAAACUCACCAGAACACGACAGCAGCAGCAAUAAAGUCAAGUUGGUUCUAGCCCAUUCCCUCAAUUCGAUUGUAAUUGUAAUUCCAACCACCAAAAGGAAUCUCGUUCACAACGUUAAAGACCGAAUAGUUACACAUCUCACCAACAAGCGGUCCUCUAGUUGCAGCAGUUCUGAUAUGAGACUUCGAAAUCUCAAAUCCAAUAUCCGGAGAAGCUUAUCGCCGUCAUCAGCCCGACCCCAGCCGGAAGAGGCACAGAAAUGGGCCGAGUCAUUCACCAAACUCAUGGCAUCCAAAUAUGGAUCCUCUCUCUACCGGGCGUUUUUACUGCGCGAAUUCAGCAACGAGAAUCUGGAUUUUUGGCUGGCCGUCGAAGAGUACAAAAACUCCAAACCGCAAAAGAUGGCAGCUAUAGCCCAGCAAAUCUACAAUGAUUUCGUUGCCGUCAAAGCCACGAAACAAGUUAACCUAGAUGCUGAAACGAGAAUCCUGACGCUGGCCAACAUCCAGUCGGACAUUGCCGACCAAUUCGCUUUUGAUCGCGCUCAAAGGCGAACUCAGCACAUGAUGGAACGCGAUUCUUACCUGCGUUUCCUCCAGUCGGAAUUGUUUCUUGAACUCGCCCACCCCGAGCGAUAUUAUUAGCGUUUCGAGUCCGUGCAUCCAGAAAUAUAGAUCUCAUUCUCUUGUCA